AUGUCGUCCCCAUCCUCCCCCGACUCGUCCCAAUCACACCCCAAGACCUGCUUUUGCCCCAACGCCGAUCUAUCACUCCCUAUCUACGACAUCACAUCUCUCUGCCUUCUCCCUGCCGAGCUCCGAAACCUUGUCUUCAACUUCCUGACCGCCGACACCUGCCCCACCCACACUAUCGCGCUCGCUCGGCUUUCAAAACACCACUAUGCGACUCUCAUCCCUCGCCUCUACAGGCGCCUCGUGGUGACGGACGAAGCCCUAGACCAGGGGCUAUUCGAAGGUCUUCUGGCUGGGUUCGAUGAGGACGAGUGGGAAGGUGGAGAGGAGCGUCUACUGAGCAAGAGGGAUCUGCUUGGGACCUGUGAAUCGCUGAAUUUCGCGUCCAUAUACGCUAUGGAUGCUACCGGGGACGCGUGCAGGAAAGCAUUUGAGCGCAAACAGGCCCAGAGUGACGUCCUAUGCAAUGGGCUCCGUGGCCUUUUCGACGGUGUUACUCAUCUUGGGUAUGAAGCCGAAUGUAUCGUGGAGUAUUGUCAACUAGAGGAUAACGACAGACUACCUAUGGACGAGGGAGCUAGCCGCUAUGGGAUUCGCUCGUCGAAGGCCCAACACCCCGCCUUGUAUAACCUUUCCCAUGUCUGUUUCCGUCUUCCUUAUCCUCUCCACUCAGCAUUGUCAGACGACAUCAGCGACUUUUACGAGAUCUUCCCGGCUUUCGGCUCCCAUGCAAGAAAGAGCUUUGUGACUCGCUUCCACAACUGCCAGUCGGACCGUCCAAUGACAGGCGUUGAGUGGACCGUGCGCACUGGUCAUACGAUGAUUGUUGACAUGCUGCCGACUGAGAUUGAGGAGGGAGGUAAAGUGGAAGUGGAAGUCUUGUCCCACAAUAUGGUCGAAUGUUGCCGGCGGAUUAUAUGUAGCGCGCGAUUCGAUCGCCGAUAUGGUCCCCCAGAAAUCAUUUUCACCAACCUUGGCACUACCCUCUCCCCUGACGGAACUGUUCGCCAUCUCUCCCCCGACGUCAAGCAAACCGUUCUCGAUGAGACUCAGACUGUAGUCCGACAGAGGGUACGGGAGAUACUUUCGGAAGAUGGGUUGUCGGAGUUUGCUGUGGUGGCAGACAAGAUAUAUGUGCGAGGCUACGAGGCUUGCAAAAUGUGCCCGGAGGUCGCAUAG